CAGGGACAAAUCCACAGCACACAGCAAAGUCUCUGUAAGAAACUAACUUCAAAGCCACCAGCAUGCAGAGCAGCAGCAGCAGCAGCCAGUGCUUUCACAUAUCCAACAAAACAGCUCCAUACUUUGGUGAGAGAAACAAUGAUAAAACAGAAGAAGAGGAGGAUCCCAAAGAAUAUUGCAAUGGAGGUUACCAUCCUGUACAUGUGGGCGAUGUUUUUAACAAGAGGUAUAAGGUUCUAUCCAAGCUGGGGUGGGGCUACUUCGCUACUGUGUGGCUCUGUGUGGACCUCAGGUCUGGAAGGUAUGUAGCAGUGAAGGUCCUAAAAAGUGGAUCCGGUUUCACACAGGCUGGCCAAGACGAGUUAUCACUGCUGCGCUGUGCCAGCAGUCCCACAGUCUGCCACCCACUGAGAGGACGCAUCGUGCAGUUGCUGGACGAGUUCAAAAUAGCCGGUGUUAAUGGCAUCCAUGUGUGUCUGGUACUGGAGUUGCUGGGUCCAGAUCUGCGCUGUUGGCAGGUGUGUUUUGGAAAACCUGGCCUCUCACUUGCAUGCGUCAGAAGAAUAAUCACUCAGGUGCUUGAGGGUCUUGACUAUCUGCACACACACUGUAAGAUCAUCCAUGCAGACAUCAAGCCUGAGAACGUUCUUCUCUGUCUGGGGCAGCAGCCUCUUGCACACACAACACACAUAAAUCCUGAGAAUGUUUCGGUGAAAAUCACAGACCUGGGUAGUUCCUGCUGGGUGUACAAACACUUCUGUGAGGAGAUCCAAACCCAGCAGUAUCGUGCUCUAGAAGUUCUGCUUGGUUCUGAAUAUGGGCCCCCUGCUGAUAUCUGGAGUGUAGCCUGCAUGGCUUUUGAGCUUGCCACUGGCGACCCUUUAUUUGAGCCCAGAACUGGAAGACAUUUCUCUUUGGAAGAAGACCAUCUAGCACAUAUCAUUGAGCUCCUGGGAACGAUCCCUGCAUCAGUCGCUCUGUCUGGAAAAUAUUCUUCAAAGUACUUCAGUAGCAAUGGAGAUCUGCAGAGAAUUCCUGCCCUUCGUCCAUGGGGGUUGUAUGAAGUUCUAAUAGAGAAAUAUCACUUCCGUCUUCAAGAGGCAACUCUCUUCUCUGACCUUCUGCUCCGAAUGCUGGCCUUCCUGCCAGAGCAGAGGAUGACAGCAACUCAGUGCCUCAAACACCCAUGGCUGAAACUGUGACCUUACAUUCCCUUUUGACUUUUCAAUCCCUUAAAAUGUUUGAGCUUUUAUAUGUUGAUGGGGUAAAUAUUUUGCACUGCAAUGUUUGGUGUUUAAAACUCCUUCACUUAAAAAUCUUCAUCAUAUAAUGACAAUAUAGACAGUGAGAUUUUUGUAUUCUGGUGCAGGGAACAAGGACUAUUCAAAUAAAUGACAGAAUGUCGGAUAAAAAUGAGCCAUAUAGACGUUACACCUUUUUUACAGAGUUAAGAAUAAAUGUCCAUAUAUAAAGGUUUUAGGUUUCACAAGAUACUGCAUAUCUUUUGCAAUCAAUGGCUGUCUAGUUAUUUUAAUAAAGUGAAAUCAUGCAUUUCAAUAAAUAUUGUUUGUGUGUGUGUGUGUGUAUUCCUUCUUCCUGAAUUGUGGGCACCAACCACUGGCAACUUGAACAAACCAUAGCUCACACCCCUC